AUGCCUUUCGAUUUGUUCUUCUGGCUUCUCAUUUGUUUCCCUUUCAAUGUUGCCCUUUUGGCCUCAGCUUUCUACCAGGUUUUGAUGUUAUCUGACUUAGAAGCUGAUUAUAUAAACCCUUAUGAUGCUUCAUCUCGAAUCAAUUACUAUGUGGUUCCUGAGUUUAUUGCUCAAGGAUUAUUUUGCGCUCUCUUUCUCUUGACGGGUCACUGGUUCAUGUUUCUUCUUAUGCUUCCACUUGCUUCUUAUCAUGGGAUGCUGUAUGUUAAGCGGCAGCAUCUCCUGGAUGUUACUGAAGUGUUUAGGGUACUCAAUGCUGAGAAGAAAUUUCGGAUAGCCAAACUUGCUUUUUACCUAAUAAUGGUUAUUAUAACUAUCUUCAGGCUUGUAUUACUCGCCGUCUUCUAUUUAGAUAUGGACGAUGAAUGA